CUUUUUCUCCCUGCGAGACUGGUCUCUUACGUCUUUACUGGCUCAAUUGCCAGGCGGACUAACGUUAGACAGCCUCUUGAUCGAAUGAUGUUAUAUCCUCGUCCACAUCUCCUUCACGCUUCGAUAAACCUUGCCCCAGGGAGUUGGUCGGAAAUGAAAUGGGUCCGAGAUGGUUUACAAGCGACACACACUCUCCUGAGAAGCACGAUCCACGAGGAAGACGCUUGUGGAUGCCGCAAUGUGUCUCCGUCUGGCUCAGUCGAUCAUCCGUUCCCAUGGGAAAUGAUCCAUUUACACAUGACCUGCCGCAGGUUCGGAGCAUGUCGAGGCUGGCGGGGACUGCAUGUCUGUGUCGAGACAUGACAACGACCACCUAUCUCUCUUCUUCUCCUUGUUGUUCUUGAAUUCAAUCGCAAUGGCUCGUCUCUCCGCCUUCUUUGCUCUCUUCGUCGCCUCCAGCACCAUGGCCGCGCCCCUAUUCGGCCUGAGCGGCUGUGGCCUUGACCGCUUCAACAUCGUGACCACGCUCGCGGAGACCGGGGUGUCCGUCGCAAACAUCAACACGGCCGACCCUGCGACCGCCGCGAGCGUGAAGACCGCCCAGGCGGGCCUCACCAGCGCCAGCGCCGGUAUCGCGCAGAUCGCCCUUGCGCUGAUCACCGGCGGCACGCCCCCCGCUGCGGCGCGCACCCAGGUCCAGAAGGGACUCACGGACGCGCAGACCGCGCUGAGCGGAAUCAACGACCCGACUGUGAACCAGACCCUGGCUGAUGCGCAGUCGAAGCUCGCCGCUGCGAUCCAAGACGGAAACGACGUGGUUGCUGACUGCAACUGAUCCACCGAACGAACGACCACUAUCUUUAAUGUGACAAGGGGAUUUCAUAAUGGUCUCAGAAGUUUUGAAGUAAAUAGUAAUGCAUACACGAGCCGGGGUUUCAUUGAACA